AUGAACCCCCUUCGUCUCGUAGGCACAGCUCUAUGCUGUGUUGCAAUUGUGUUUGGAGGAUUAACUUUCCCCUCAGAUGCACAACUUGAUCCAAAUUUUUACGGUAAAACUUGCCCCCAGUUGCAGUCUAUAGUAUCUCAAAUCUUAUCCAAAGUUGCUAACAAGGAUGCCCGAAUGCCUGCUAGUCUCAUCAGGCUCCAUUUUCAUGACUGCUUUGUUCAAGGUUGUGAUGCAUCCGUUUUGUUGAACAAAACUGGUACCAUUGUGACUGAACAAGAAGCCGGACCAAAUAUCAAUUCCUUAAGAGCUGCAGUAUCUUCCGUUUUGACCGGAGGUCCAGGUUGGUUGGUUCCAUUAGGAAGAAGAGAUAGUUUAACAGCAAAUCAAGACCUUGCUAAUACAAAUCUUCCAGGUCCAUCUUCCACUCUACCUGAACUCAAAUCUGCUUUUGCUAAUCAAGGCCUCACCACACUUGAUCUAGUAUCACUCUCAGGUGCUCAUUCAUUUGGAAGAUCACGUUGCUUUUUAUUCUCUGACCGAUUAUUCAACUUCAACAGUACUGGAAAACCUGAUCCAACUCUUGAUCCAGCAUACUUAAAAGUAUUGCAGAAACAAUGUCCUCAGAACGGGCCUGGAGAUACCCGUGUCAAUUUUGAUCCAACCACUCCUGAUAUAUUAGACAAGAACUACUACAACAAUCUUCAAGUUAAAAAGGGUUUGCUUCAAAGUGAUCAAGAAUUGUUCUCAACACCAGGUGCAGAUACUAUUGGCAUUGUCAACAAUUUUGCCAAUAACCAAAAUGCUUUCUUUCAGAAUUUUGCCAAUUCGAUGAUUAGAAUGGGAAAUAUUGGUGUGCUUACCGGAAAGAAAGGUGAAAUUAGAACACAAUGCAAUUUUGUUAACAAGAAGAAGAAAUCACCUGAGUUGGAUAUUACUGGUGUGACCUCUACAGAAUCAAUUGAGGGGGGUGUGGUUAGUUCAAUCUAA